GAUGUGCAGUGCUAGCCACGUGUUGUGAGAGAACUGACCAGUCCUGGUGACGCGCACCGCGUCCUUACCAGCAACCACGGCGUCUCCCGAAGCAAUGACGCAACACAGCGACGCGUCCAGCGACCGUUCCGAAGUGUCCGUGACGCCGCCCCCGCCGGUCUCCAAGAUGCUUGAGUUCGCGAGCCAGCAGAACCUCAGCUUCCUUAACAUUGAACACCGGAACAUGCUCGCCGCCCCGCUGGCGGCGCUCCACUCCAUGACGGAGAUGAAACAACACCAACACCAGCACCACCUCAGCCCGGACCACGUCCACGGCCCCGAGAAAAGCGACGAUGUCCUGCUGGAGCGUACAAGCUUACACGUAGAACGCUCCGGCUUGACCUCGCGGAGUCCCUUAGGGGCCACGAGCAACAGCAACAGUUCCCAAGGUGCCAACCCACACGGCAUCGACCACAUACUCUCUCGACCCUCGCAAAUCACGACGGGCCCGCUGCACUUCCCGCACAGCCUCGGCUUCACCCAAAACACCCUCGGGAUGGCCUCGAACAGCGCUCAGAGCGCCUCGAACUCCGGUCUGCGAGGAUUCAAUAUCGCCGCCGCUGCCUUCUUCCACCACCACGCCGCCAACUCGGUCAACAAGCCGCCCGUCGAACUCGGAAGGAGCACCGGGGGUCUGUACUGGCCCGGCUUCCAGGGACUCGUCUCCAACCCCAUGGCCUGGAGGGACCGGCUCAGUAGCAUGAACCAAAGCAAUAUGGGCGGGAUUGGGCCAGACAAAGACGCGAAAAAGAAACACACGAGGCCUACGUUCUCAGGACAACAAAUUUUCGCCCUGGAGAAAACCUUCGAACAAACCAAAUACUUGGCAGGCCCUGAAAGGGCGAAACUCGCCUACGCCCUUGGGAUGACGGAGUCACAAGUAAAAGUAUGGUUUCAAAAUCGGCGCACCAAAUGGAGGAAAAAGCACGCGGCCGAAAUGGCGACAGCAAAGCGGAAACAGGAAGUGCUGGACAACCAGACGGAUGAAAAUAGUGACGUCAUUUCCGAUACCGAAGAUGAGCACGCAGCGAAGAGACAAAACAUCCAAUGAGAAUCGGAACUUAUAAAAGUCUAGACAUUGACGUUGUAAAUAUGGUUUAGUGAUCUCAGUGUUUGUGAAGACUUGUGCGUGAAACAGGACGUUGUGACGCGCUUUGUAAAAAUGUUAUAUAUCUAUAAAUAUAUGUAUACGUAUGUAUAAUGCUAUUUAUUGUUCAUUUCGAUUCGGCGAAAAAAGUGCAAUUUUGCUAGAACGUUCUGAUUGGCCGUAAUUACUGUAUUAUUUUUUCUUAGCGAAACGUAAAAUUGGACAGUUUUCGCGCCAAGACUUGUACAGCAGCUUAAAUUUUGAAAAUUUUGGGAAUGGUAUUUUUCAUUGUACAUAAAAUUUUCUUUUGCAUUUGAAAGCAAUAUUUACAGGGUGAUUACGGAAAUAGGCUUCUGAAAAAUACUAUUCCCAUUUAUUAUUUUGAGUUAUGAGCUCAACGCCGCUCGAAAACGAGCUGCAAAUUUUAGGUUUGUGUUGAACAUCGUGCAAUCUUCUUACUAUAGGACGCGGCAUUUUGCAGCUAAAUAAUGUAUA